CCGCCGCCGCUCCACGCGAUACGGUGUCCGUUGAGCGAUCGCUGUCCCGCCCAUUCAACCCUACGAAUCGGCCUCCACGAGAUCAUACUAGCCUCUGUUUCCCUCACGAAGCUGCAGAAGUGGUAUUCGAAAGCUGCGCAGAGGUCUGGUCUGCGCGGUGACCGAGUCUCUGCCCUUCAGGGCCACCUGGCGCAUCAUCAGGCUACCCAACAUGGACGUUGUCGCAGCCGUCGCCGGCUACAUCUCCCGGAUGGUGUCUGCUGGAGAUGCAGCUGUGCCAGGGACGUCUUCUGCGAAAAUGAAGAUAUUGCUUCUUGACAGUGAGACACUUCCCGUCGUCUCUACCGCUAUAACCCAGUCGGCCCUCCUUAACCAUGAAGUCUAUCUCAUUGAUCGUCUCGAUAAUCAAACCCGCGAAAAGAUGCGGCAUUUACGAUGUCUCUGCUUCGUGCGCCCGUCACCAGACUCCAUCCAGUUCCUCAUCGACGAGCUCAGGGAGCCGAAAUACGGCGAGUACUAUAUUUAUUUCAGCAACAUCAUCAAGAAAUCGUCUCUUGAGAGAUUGGCGGAGGCAGAUGAUCACGAGGUCGUGCGCGUGGUCCAGGAACACUUCGCCGACUUUCUCGUGAUUAACCCGGACCUUUGCUCGCUAAAUGUCGGUUUCCCGAAGCAGCGUAUAUGGAGCCAUACUCCUGAACUGUGGAAUACAGAUGCGCUGCAGAGGACGACUGAAGGUGUCAUUGCCAUGCUUCUGGCGCUUAAGAAGAACCCACUGAUUCGAUACGAAAAGAAUAGUCUGUUGGCUAAAAAGCUGGCCACGGAAGUCCGGUACCAGCUAACCCAAGAGGAACAACUAUUCAACUUCAGAAAGAUGGAUACUCCCCCUAUAUUGUUGAUUUUGGAUCGCCGAGACGAUCCUAUCACCCCUCUGCUCACCCAGUGGACCUACCAAGCUAUGGUUCAUGAAUUGAUUGGGAUCCACAAUGGAAGAGUCGACCUUAGCGGUGUACCCGACAUUCGCCCGGAGCUCAAAGAGAUAGUGCUAUCGCAGGAUCAGGAUCCGUUCUUCAAGAAGAAUAUGUACCAGAAUUUUGGUGACCUUGGUGGAAACAUCAAGGAAUACGUCGAACAGUAUCAGUCUAAGACCAAGAGCAGCAUGAGUAUCGAGUCUAUCGCAGACAUGAAACGCUUCGUGGAGGAUUAUCCUGAAUUUCGAAAACUGUCCGGAAAUGUCAGCAAGCAUGUUACUCUCGUCAGUGAACUAAGUCGGAGAGUCGGUGAAGACAAUCUGCUUGAUGUCAGUGAGUUGGAGCAAAGCCUGGCAUGUAAUGAAAACCAUGCAAGUGAUCUCAAGUCUCUACAAAGAAUAAUCCAGCUACCUACAGUACCGCCCGAGAAUAAGGUUCGCUUGGUCGCUCUAUACGCCAUUCGCUACGAAAAGCAACCCUCUAAUGCGCUACCUGUUCUCCUCGACCUGCUCACUGCCGCCGGGAAUGUACCUCCUCACCAAAUAAACAUCAUUCCCAAGCUGCUGGCUUACCAUCACUCGCUUCAGGCACCCCCUGUUGCUGGCGGGUUUUCAGAUCUCUUUGAGUCUACAUCGUUCUUCUCAGGUGCCCGGGACCGGUUCAAGGGUUUGAAGGGCGUUGAGAAUGUUUACACCCAACAUUCGCCGCGAUUGGAGGCUACUUUGCAAAACCUCAUCAAGGGGCGAUUGAAAGAGCUGCAAUACCCGUUCCUGGAAGGCGGUGGUCACACCAGGGACAAGCCGCAAGACAUUAUUAUCUUCAUGAUUGGCGGCGCAACAUACGAGGAGGCCAAGAUGGUUGCUCAAGUAAAUGCAAGCUCUCCUGGUGUUCGUGUGGUCUUAGGUGCCACUAGUAUCCAUAAUAGCACAAGCUUUAUGGACGAGGUCAACGAUGCAGUCAGUAGCUGGCCAGAGCCUCCUGCUUCCACAGCCGCUGGUAGGCUGCGGAGGGAGCUUGCGCGUUGACCAGGGAUACCUAGCUCUUUUGGCGCUGGCGUUCAUGUAUUAGCAUAAUAUCCCCAAUGUCGUUCCAAGGUAGAAUACUCCAUAAGAGACAAAAUUAGUGAGAAAUGCGACAAAAAUAAU